AUGCUUCUCGUUCAUAUUUUUUAUCUUGUUCUGGUCAAAUCAAUAUUUGUUCACAGUGAAUCAUUUACAUCAACAACACAUUUAACUCAUCUAUUUAAUACUGAAGUUGAAUUAUCUAAACAAUUACAAUCUUAUCUUAAAGUUGAAUAUGAACGAUUAGAUCGUAUAGAAAAAUUUCUUGAUGUUAUCAAAGAUGAAAUUCGUCAAGCACAAGGCAAAGAAGAAAUUUAUUUUGGUAAUCCUGUUAAUGCACAUUUAUUUAUCAAACAUUUAACAGUUGAUUGGUAUGGUAUCGAGGAAAUUGUAUUUGAUGAUACAUCAAAAACAAUGGCUGAUAAUUAUUUAUUUCCUUCAUACGAAGAUUAUACAGGAUCAGCUGUUGCUUUAAUGCGUUUACAAGAUACUUAUAAAUUAAACACAAGCGAAGUAGCAAAUGGAGAAAUAAGUACAAAUUAUAAAUCACGAAAAUUAAGUGCUUUGGAAUGUUAUGAUUUGGGACGUAUUGCUUAUACCAAUGGAGAUUAUUAUCAUACAUUAAUGUGGAUGCAAGAAGCUCUCGAUCAUUUAGAUAAAGAAGUAAAUAACACAUCACCUAGUAGAGUUGAUAUUCUUGAUCAUCUGGCUUUUUCAACAUCACAACAAGGAAACCAUGAACAUGCUUUGGUAUUGACAAAAGAAAUUCUUAGAAUUGCUCCUGAUCAUGUUCGAGCAGGCAGUAAUAAAAUAUAUUAUGAAGAUCUUAUUCAAAAGAAAAUAUUAAAUGGUAAUUCCGAUUCAUCAGAUUUUAAAUCAACUCCAACAAUUAAAAAGAUGGAUAAUAUUAAUAUUAAGAAUCAACGACCAAGAGAUUAUUUAGAUGAACGUGAAAAGUAUGAACAACUUUGUCGACAAAAUGGAUCGAGCAUAAAUACAAAACGUCAAGCAAAAUUAUUUUGUCGUUACCGUCAUAAUAAUCAUCCAUAUCUUAUUUUACGACCUGCUAAAGAAGAACAAUUAUUAGAUGAACCAGUUAUUUAUCUUUAUCAUGAUACUGUACGUGAUAAUGACAUUCAAGUAAUUAAAGACAUUGCUCUACCACGUUUACAACGUGCUGUCCUGAGAAGAGCUGUUGUACAGAAUCCUAAAACGGCACAACUUGAGCCAGCCGAAUAUAGAGUGAGCAAAAGUGCUUGGUUACGAAAUGAAGACUCACCAGUAAUAGCUCGUUUAUCUCGAUUAAUUGAAGCUGUAACAAAUUUAAGUAUGGCAACCGCUGAAGAUCUUCAAAUUGCAAACUAUGGUGUUGGUGGACAUUAUGAACCACAUUUUGAUUUUGCCCGUAAAACAGAAAAAGAUGCUUUUUCAAGUUUUGGUGCUGGUAAUCGAAUGGCUACAUGGUUAACAUAUUUAAGUGAUGUUGAAAAAGGUGGUGCAACUGUUUUUAUUCCUACUGGUGGUCAUGUCAAGCCGGAAAAAGGAAGUGCUGUAUUUUGGUAUAAUCUUUAUGCAUCUGGCGAAGGUGAUUAUAAUACAAGACAUGCUGCUUGUCCGGUAUUGAUUGGUAAUAAAUGGGUUGGUAAUAAAUGGAUACAUGAACGUGGUCAAGAAUUUCGUCGUCGAUGUUCACUUGAUCCGAUGGCUUAA